GCACUGUUAAGAGUGUUGUUCGACAAGUGCAAAGACGACAAAGACCGAUUGUGCCAUGCCGUCCAAGCCGAUCACCGUGCUCAUCACCGGGGCCAACAGAGGCAUUGGCCUGGAGAUGGUGCGUCAAUUGGUGUUGGAUAAGGGGCGUGUGAGGAAGCUGUUUGCCUGCUGCAGAGACCCAAAUGGACCUAAAGCUGAGACCUUGCAAACACUGGCAAAGCAGUACCCAGACAUCAUCGUCAUCGUCACUAUGGAUGUCACUGAGUUGAGCAGCAUACAAGAGGCUGCCAAGGUGAUCACCCCACUACUGGGCAGCGAGGGCCUCAACCUGCUCAUCAACAACGCCGGGGUGGCGCAGGAAUUAUCGCUGCAGACCACCACUACCAAGGACAUGCAGGACACUUUCAACACAAACGUUAUUGGUCCUAUGAACAUCAUGAAAGAGUUCCUUCCUCAACUUCAGACAGCGGCCAAGGUCAGCAAGAUUUCAGGGAUGUCCUGCAACAAAGCAGCUGUUAUUAAUAUCUCCGCGAUGGAGGGUUCAAUGGACGUGACAAAGGAGACCUACUCUCUCGAGGCUAUUUUACCAUUACGUGUCAGCAAGGCCGCUUUGAAUAUGCUGACAGUGUGUGCCGCAGAGGAAAUGAAGAAGGAUAAGAUCCUGUUUUCACUGCUGCACCCUGGAUGGGUGCGCACAGAUACAGGUGGACCAGAGGGGGAAAUUGAUGUCCAAACCAGCGUGAAGGGGAUGCUUGAAGUGAUGUCCACCAUGAAAGAUAAGCACAAUGGAACCUUCCUGGAUUACCAGGGCAGCGCCUUGCCUUGGUAGCUUACAUGAAAAUGAACCCCAAUAAAGUUCAUCUGCUUACAAGAAUA